UAUUAAAUAAAAUUGAAGUCGAACGAUUCGCGCAUUUAAUUGCGGUUGAGUUUUUAACAUGGAAUUCAACGAUACAUAGAUAUCUGAAAAGGAUAUCUCUUGGGAGAGAUAAAGGGAAACUUUCAUCGAGGUUUCUCGUGCCAGAUAACUUCUCGAUAUAUUCGCGUUUAUCGGUUCGAUGCUCGUUCUAUUUGUGCGCAAGGAACCGAACGGAAAACGUUAACGCGAGAAUCAUCUAUGGUAUUUGAAAUACUACUUUCCGACGAAGAAUUUGCCGCAAGGACGAAGAUCAAGGAUCUAUAGGAAGUUCUCCGUCAUCGACGGAGUAUGCAUCUUGUGGUAUAUUUCGACCUCUUUAUAACGGAUAUCAAAAGAUAUAUACGAAGCCGAUAACUAUUUCACUAGCGAUUGACAACGUCGUCGUAAAACUUUUGAGCGUCUCGUAAACGCAAACGAUUUACGAUUAGUAGUAUUGAACGGUCAUGAAGAGAUGAUCGAGAACGAUUUCAUCGUGGGAUACAUCAAAAGGAAAGGACAAACUUUGUUCGAUCUUUUUUUAUUUGUAAAAGAAGAAGAAGAAAAAGAAGAAGAAGAAGAAGAAGAAGAAGAAAAAGAACAAGAAAAACAAGAAAGGAAAUCGUUCAAAGUGGUCCAGAGUGGAUGGAACAUAGAAUUACACUGAUCGAUCGAUCGAAGUAGCAAGAGCACGAAUUAGGAUGGGUCUAUCCAAGAUCGUGUUGAUACUCUUGCUGGCAGAAUUCAGUCAUGCCAGACCUCAAACAACCGAGACGGAAACGAGUUUACGACAGGAAAUAACGACUGAGACGAGCAAUAAGGAAUGGAAACCACCAAGAUCGACGGGAAAAACUACCGAAAAUGUCCGUCGAGGUGACAGCAGUGUUCAACUGACGAAUGAAACGCAACGCCAGCUGAAAGAUCUCCAGCACAUCAACCAGUCGUUAAGAACGGUCGCUACGCAGUUGCUAAAUGUAACGGGUCAUAACGAAGGGGUUAAAGACACGAAAAUCGAAAGGAAGGAUUCGAGAUUGAACGGGGAGAACGAUGCGUCCUUCGUGAAGGAAAUUAAUGCGGAGAUAAGUAAUCUCGAAUCGAUGGGAGUUAAUUUUGGUAGGCCUAUGAACUCGAAAUUCGGAUAUUUCGAGAGUAGUCAUCCUGGUCAGGCAAUGGUCAUGACCGAGGAAGAACUCGAGAAAGAAAUGAGUUCUACCAGGUUGAUGGCAGGUUAUAAGAAUCAUCCGACGACAACCGGUGGUAUCUCGACAUGGAUUUUAUUAAAUCCACCAUCGACGACAAUAAAGAGUCUCACCGACAACGAUCAACCUGGCACGACGAAACAAUCUGAGAACGAUGUAAGAUAUACUCUGAAGCCGAUCGUGACUCAUGGGAGAAUAGAGGUAAAGAAUACGAAGAACGAGCAAAAGGUAACGUCGCAACUACCAUCGACUGCCUCGAUAGAGAAAGUCAUCUUUCCGAGUACGAAGAAAGCUGCGAAUAACAGUACUUUGAAAAAAAGUAACGCUCCUGGUAAUAAUUCCUCGAAACAGGACGAGACCACUCAAUCUUUGGCUAAGUUAGAAGCCAUCGAAAGUACGACUUCCAAGAUAUCACGUACAACCGUUUCCUCUCCUGCGGACAAUAAAGUAACGUCAGAGUCGACGUCUUCAACUGCGACCACAAAAAAGAUUCAAAUUAUAAGAUCGACUCUAAAGGCAAAGCCCACGACGACUCCUAGACCCACUGUUCCAAAUAAAUCUGCUACAACAGUAGUUAAAAGACCUCAGCAAGGCAAACCUAAGCCGUCUCAGACGAGAAGGACAACCGUGAAACCUGACGUAUCGAAGAACGACAAUUCCACCACAGCUAAGGUUGAAAAAGUUACUUUCAAAGCAGUGCCGAUGAUUACAACGCCGCGAUCGAAGAACGAGAUAACAGAGAAACCGAUAUUCGUCACCAAGAUCAAGGCGUCCGUUCUAAUGGACACUCAAAAAACUGCACCAAUCGCAACUACGAACGUUGAUGUUUCUACCGUUUCUAAAUCGAAUUUUUCGGACGCCGAUCUAGUGGAGGUACCAAUCAAGUCGAAACCUCUUGGAACGAGCAUAAAUAACGUCUUGAAAGUGCAACUGAAGAAGCCGAUCGAUGAAUCUACUCAAAUCGAAAUAGAACCGAUUAAAAUGAACCCGCCGGUUUUGACCAUUCAGAAAAUGAUAGAGAAGAAGCCUGACAACGAUGUAACCGACAUUGGCUUAACUAAUCUCAAUGGUUCUAGCAUAGAUUUGAAAUUUGAUUUCAAUCCGGAGCUGACAAAGAUCAGUACCGAAGUGGAGAGUUUAGCGGAUUCAGUGACAACGUCCGCUCCAUCGUCUACGACAACGAAGCGGCAGAGAAACUCGAAUAAGAGGAAGAAGAACAAGAUUAGACGCCGAAGACCAUCGAGCACGACACCGUUAACAUCGACCACGAUUACAACGACUACUACGACGAUAGCUCCUGUACCGAUUGAAGAAAUAAACGAAGUAUCGGCCGAACCGAUUCUUUUGGACAACGCUAUUCAAGAAUCGAAGAUCGAGCCAGAAUCCAAAAUUACGAAUAAUAUUACGAAGACGAAGAAGAAGCCGCCUCAAAAGGGAAUCAGUACGCAGAUCUACAAUUUUCUUAGCAGAGAAGUAAUGCCCAGUUUUGGGGUGAUGUCCUUGCUCGGUCUUGGCCUGGGAUUAGCUUCCUAUUUUCUCUAUCCUUUUGGUGGAACAAUCACCCGAAGAAAUUACGAGGUGGAACCCAAUUACAAAUAUAAUUUGGACGAAUACGGCGGUAAUUACGGACAGAACGAAGAGGAAGUUUUGUCAAAAGUUCUGCAAGGUAUGACCAAUCAUGAGAAUAAAUUUGGUGCUGGAUCAGGUGGGGUCAAGGAUUUCGAUAAAAAUUACUAUCGUUAUCAACAUUUUGACGGUGCGUACGAUACUCAGUCGAUAAGAAGAACGGAUCAAAGAUAUCCUUUACCAUCGUCGUCGCCCAUUUACAAGCCAACGGAAAAUACAGCGUCCGUCUUAAAGUAUCGUAAUACCGAUUACAGAUAUUCCGAAGUACAAACUACACCAACUUACUACGAUCCGCAAAAGCAUAACGAAUUUGUGGUUGGUCAAGAUAGUACAGGAAAUCGACAGUUCGUUGUCGGUAACAUACCUAAAGAGUAUCCACCCUUUACCGACAAACAUCUUACUUUACCGACGUCCGACAAAAAGGGUCCCAACGUUUUCCACGAAUCAACGGAAAGUGGCUUGACGCAAUUCGAACGGGACAUCGCUCAAGGUCUCAACUUUCCACCCAAUUCGGUAAACGGACACGGAUACCAAUCGGAAACGCAAACUUUACGACCAGAGGAUGGUUACGAGGAGAUCGAGAUAACGCCUACUGCCGUAGCCGUUGAACACGGACCUAGAUCUUUAAAAAUAAAACGUUCGAUACUUAAUAGAAUGGACGUUAAUCGUUCUUCCAGAUCAAAAAGGGACUCCGUUAUUCAAAUAAUCCCGUCAAGACACGAACUAGAGAAAGAACAAAAAGAAGAGGACUUCAGCAAUGAAAUUUUAGAUAUUAUUGACUCUGCUUUACCUGGUAGCGAAGAGAAAAAAAUAAUAGAUAACGAGGUUGACGAUUUUCUUUCAUAUAAGAAAAAACUUCACGGGGAAUCUCAACAGCAUCAUAAGGAAAUAGGUUCGAGAAACGAGGUCCAAACCAGUGAGAUUGAAAACGAUACUAAUUCGAACAAAAACCUAUUCGACGACACGGCGCAGACCGUAGAAAAAAUAACGACUGAAAAACAAAUCGAUAAAAUAGAAGAAUAUUCGAGCAAUGACUCUUUCGUAACUUCGACGUCUUCCUCGACGAGCGACGAGUCUGACACGACCGAACACGUGAAAGAUAUCGAAGAAACGACCGUCGAGUGGUUCGAAAAUACAACGACGAAGAAAUCGACCGAAGAAGAAGGAGGAUUCAAUAUCUUUAGUUUUGUUAAGAAAGUAGCUGAAAUUAAGUUUAGAUUAGGCUUGACGAUCUUGAAACACGCGAGCGAAGGUUUCGCGAGAUAUCUGGGACACGUGCAAAAGAGGAUCAAUGGCGAGGAAUAGGAUGGAACGUACGUAUAACGUUGCCUUUCGAAAGUCACAAGCAGAGAAUUUUAUGUGAUCGAAGACGCGACUAAAUUGUAUCGUCUCUUUUGAUGUCUUCUCACACGCUCCAGCGUGUAUGUUUUAUUUUGCGAUUGCGUAGAACCAGUUUUACACGUUCGUCUCAUAUCAGGCUUAUCUACGCGAGAUUAUACGACCGAUAAAUAACUUAAUGACGGCGAAACUAUCGCAAUUAUUUUUCACAGUCGACUCGUCGAUCGAGUUUCAGGAAUAUCUUCUAAUAUUGAUAUAACGACCGAGAAAGUAUAACGAUAUCGAAACGAUGUGUUCGCAUCUAUUGGAAGUAGAUCUAGCUCGAUUCAAACGUUGACGCUUAUCACUGUGAAAAUAACGAACGAUGGUGCUUGGAAGUUAAUCGGGAGGGAGGGGGAGGGGGUGGAAUAACAGGAUUUAGUCGUUUACAUCGGAAUUUUAUGGUUUUAAAGGAAAAAAAGAAGAAAAAUAAAAAAAAAGGUUUAAGUUACCGAAAAAAUCGUAAGACACGUUUGAAAAGGUAAUGGGGUUUUUUUUUUUUUACAAGACUGUCACCAUGUUUAUACACACACAAACAUACGCGCACGCACACGUUGUUUUAUUGAAAAUUCACUUUGUUAUGUUAUUUCGAUAUACGUGUGUUUCUUCCCUCUCGAUACGAGGAUAUGUAAAAAUCCAAGUAGUAGAGUGUUUAUUGCGUACUUAUAAAUAAAUAAAUAAAUAAAUAAAUAAGUUAAAAUAAAUAUUGCUACGCAGUAUUCUGUGUCGUGUAAAUAAAAAUAAACUGUUGAAAGAAAUAUAUAUAAAUAUCGACGAGAGAGACAUUCACUCGAUAUUUCUACAACAUCAAUGAAUAAAUAUGUCGAAAUAAAUACGAUAAUAAAUAGCAAUAAAUUACCCGAAACAAUAAUCGAACGAA